AAACCAUCUACGACACAAGCCUACGAGACUCGCAACUUUGUUACUACGCUUUGCUGCUACGAAAGAAACAUCAAAAUGAACGGUUUCUCCAUCCACAACAACAGCAUAGCCUUGCUGUUUGCAAUUCUCACUUUCUUCUUAAUGACAUCGCUUGUACUGACUGCGCCAUUGGAUUCGGAAGAUGAACCAGGAGAAAACACGUUGAUUGGCAGGCCCAUUAUGGGGGAUGCAGACAUGACUUGGGAUGCAAUUAACACGGAUGCACUGCGCAAGAUGUUGUUGCAAAUGGACGCCGAGGAAAGACUGGGAUUGAAUCGUGAGAGCAGAUCCUGGCCAAGACAGAGUCGUGGUUGGGGUGCAAGAAGCCUGGAUGGUCAAAUUACUAGACCCUGGCGCGCUGACAAGCGACAGGCGCGCUUCCGGCAAUGCUACUUCAAUCCUAUCUCCUGUUUCCGGAAAUAAACAACGUACGAUACAUAACGACGAUUGCCAACAAAAUAUUCACUAGUUUAUGACCGUUACAAAAUAAUGUAAAUAAAUGGAAUUAUAAUUAUAUUUUAUUUAGUAUGUUAAAUCAAUUUUCCACUGUUUUGCGAUGUUCACUAGAGAAGAUUCUGAUUAAAAAUGACACAAAAUCUUAAGCGUCAAUUUAGCGGUCCAUCGGAACUUAGGGUUUAACUAUUUUCAGGGAUGUCCUGAUUCUAACUAAAUAUAUUAUUCACUUUCUUUCUAGUUACCUAUUCAAACAUAGAUAUUUCGUAACGUAUAAUCGUAAAUGUAUUUCAAUGUAGAAACCAUCAGAAUGUUCUCAUGUUUCACAGAGCACAAUAAAAGUAAGUCACGUACGUGGAACCAUCCGUUUUUGUGACACCUUUCACACGAACUACUAACAUCGUAAUACCUAAAAGCCCUUAAAUUUACACCAUAAUAUUAAAAGCUUUAUUUCGUUUCCAUUGUCACAUUUGAACUCAAGUUUACAAAAGCCGUUGAAAAGAAUAAAUCGUUUGUAUCAGAAUAUUUCUAUUUUACUGGAAGGUAAAUAAUGAGCUGUGUAUGUUUUGAAAAUCUAUUAGGUACAUUAUAUUAUACUAUUACAAUUUAGACAC